AUGGCAUGUUUCGCUGUUGAAGCGUUGCUCGUCCUUGGUCUCCUACUGGCGUCUUUCGCUGCUCAAGGCGCGUUCGUCAUAUCCAUCGGCAACGCCGUGUUGCGCGCCGCGCACUUGACAGGCUACCCGCGACACGGCCUGGCUGCAGCAGUUGGUGCGAUAGGGGGACCUAUUGCAUUCACCCUCGCCUGCGUGGUCCAAAACGCCAUGGUCAAGAUUCUGACCCCGCUUUGCGGACGUAUCCCGCGACCCAACGAGGAACAGAACAGUGGUGAGCGUGACGGCGCACCCUGGUAUUGGGCGUGUAUCCAGUUCUUCAGCCCGAUCGCCAUCCACACGCUGUCAGGCAGCGUUGGCUCUGCCAUUUUGCUGCACCGUCGCGUCGACCUCGAGGGCAUGGACGUUCUCCACGGUGCACGCGCUGGAGCCACGGGUGAUGCCAUUAUCGCGUUUUCAUCACUCCUAGGUCCCUUCAUCAUAUUCACGAUAUUCGCGGUCCUUCUCGCCCCCGUGUGGAUAGCGAUGAUAAUGGGCGCCAAGUGGGUAUAUAUAAAGUCAAGGGAAACUUGGACAGAGGGAACGCAUACCUACUCGGCUUGCCACUGCUACGGGACGUGUGGAGGUGACUCGGAGAUUGAUGGAGAGAUUGAGAGCGUACAACGAGAACGAGGGUCGUACGGGACAUUCUAA